AUGUUUUAUUCAAUCGUUUUCAUAGUUUUCUUCUAUAUUUCAAAUAAGAAAAUCAUUGCUCAACCAUGUGCUCCUACAUCGGAUCCAUUAAUACGAUGUACAACACAAGGUCUUAUACGUGGUAUACGAUCAGAUUUUCUUAUAAAUACAUCAAAUUUAACAACAGCAUCAAUUGAAUCGAAAAGUGUUUAUGCUUUCUAUGGUAUUCCAUAUGGUGAAGCACCAAAUGGUGAAAAACGUUUUCGAAAACCACUUCCUAAACGUCCAUGGGCACGUGGAACUAUUUAUAAUGCAACAAAAUUACCUAAUUCAUGUUAUCAAAUGAUUAUUGAAUUUUUUAAUACAACAGGCGAAACAAUUUGGGCACCAACAACACCAUUAAGUGAAGAUUGUCUAUAUUUAAAUAUUUGGACACCUGCAACAAUUCGACAACAACCAUUAGCUGUUAUGGUCUGGAUUUAUGGAGGAGGUUUUACAUCAGGAUCAAGUACAUUAGAAAUUUAUGAUGGUUCAAUAUUAGCAACAACACAAAAUGUUAUUGUAGCUUCAAUGGAAUAUCGUGUUGAAUCACUUGGUUUUCUUUAUUUGGGUACACCAGAUGCACCAGGUAAUCAAGGUUUAUAUGAUCAAUUAUUAGCAAUGGAAUGGAUACAUAAAAAUAUCAAAAGUUUUGGUGGUGAUCCUCAACGUAUAACUUUAUUUGGUGAAUCAGCCGGUGCAGUUUCUGUUGGUUUACAUUUAUUAUCACCAAAAUCACGUCCAUAUUUCAAUAAUGCUAUAUUAGAAAGUGCUGGACCAAGUGCUAAAUGGGCUGUUUUAAGUCCACAUAUAGCAAAAUAUCGUUCAAUAGAAUUUUUAAAUGCUUUUACAAGUUAUAUAACUGAUCGUUUUGAAUCAGGACCAACUGAUCCUGAAUAUGCUUAUAUACCGCGUGAAUGUCAAAAACGUAUGAUAACAAUAGAAGAUAAAUUUGAAUGUGUUAAAAAUUAUCCAAUAUUAAGUCAAAAUCAUUUUCGUUCAUCCUGGGCACUUAAAUCAUAUAAUGGUGGACCUGUUGGUUAUACAUUUGUACCAACUGUUGAUGGUGAUUUUAUUCCAUAUGAUCCUGAACAAAUGUUAAUGAAAGGUGAUUUUAAAAAAUGUCCUCUUCUAUUAGGUGUAAAUAAAGAUGAAGGACCCUAUUUUAUAAUCUAUGUUCCACAUGGUAAUAUGGCUAUUAAUUCAACAGCAUAUGUUGAUUAUAGAACAUUUAAAAGUGCUGUUAAUGAUUAUUUUGAAUAUAUGCCAACAUAUCCAACUAAAAGAGCACCGAUGUUAUUAGAAAGUAUUUUACAAACAUAUACAAGAUGGCAUGAUUAUAAUAAUACGAUACAAAAUGCUGUUCAACUGGGUCAAGCCGUUGGAGAUUAUCAUUUUACAUGCCCGACAGUAUUUCUUGCUGAUGUUUAUGCCAAAGAGAAUCUUCCGUUAUAUUUUUAUCAUUUUACUUUACGUUCUUCAACAAAUCCAUGGCAUGAAUGGAUGGGUGUGCUUCAUGCUGAUGAGAUCAUGUUUGUUUUUGGUGAACCAUUAAAUGUCACUGAUUCUCUUCAUUAUACACAUGAAGAAAUAAUUAUUAGUCAAAAAGUGAUGGCGUAUUGGACAAAUUUUGCUAAAUAUAGUAAUCCAAAUCAACGACAUGAUGCACAAUGGGCGAAUGAAUGGCGUCAAUAUAAAUGGCCAAAUCGAGAACAUAUUGUAUUAAAUACGAAUUUAAGUAAAAAUCUUUUUCCUGAUCAUGGUUUAGCUAUACGUGCUGAAUAUUGUUCAUUUUGGCUUGAUUUUAUACCCAAAUUAGCGACUGCUACUUCAAAUAUUAGUGAAGAAGAAACACGAUGGAAAACAGAAUUUCGUCAAUAUCAAGAUCGUAUACAACAAUGGGAUUAUCAUUAUACAAAAUACUUAGAAUUACUUGAAAAAAGUAGCGACAAACUACGUGAUUGUCUUGGUUAG